UGACGUCAUCGGUGUUGACAUUUGACAUUUCACUAGUGGAUCUUUGUUUUCAGUUUUUCAAAUAAAUAUUAUUAUCGUAAAAUACAUAUAAAAAUGUAUUAAAAAGUGAUAGAAGGCAUAAAGUUUACGUUCUUUUAUUUUAUUUGCUGCAGUUUAACAUGCUUGUGUGUUUAAUUAUUGUAAGAAUAUAAAUUAAAUUGAUUGCUUGUAAUUUGCGUGGGGUUUCGCCUCAAAUACUUUAAAAUGAAGCCUGGAAAGAGUGUAGAUGUGAAGGAGGAGAUAGCAGAGGUGCAUACUUCUGCUCGUUCGCCGUCUCCUAAGCAGAAAACCAAAAGAUCCCGAAGCCGCUCCGGUUCACGAAAAAUGUCAAACGGUCAUACGGCACCCGACGACACUCCACUUUCUGAGGAGCCUACCAACGACAAAUCUAAACGGGACAGCUGGAUAAAAUCCGAACACGAAUCUCUAGACACUGAGCUACCGAUCCACGAUCAAAUCAAACAAGGUAUCCUAGGAUUUGUUGAAAAAGAAAUCAAGAAGUCGGACAAGAAUCCUUCAUUUGUUUUUUACUCCCAUGAUCCUAAUCAUUUGGAUGAGAAAUUCAUGAAGACUAUGUCGAGGCCUUCUAGCGGACAUAAGGAGAAGAGGAGCCCUUCUUAUCGUAAGAAGAAGAGGCAUUCGUCAAGGCAUCGGGAUAGAGAUUUGCAUGAUUUUGAAAUACCUGGGUCUAGUCUUAGUGCUUUGGAACGGGUGGACGAUUAUCUAAAAGAGUACAACAAAGAUGAAGUAGUUACUCUCAGCGGUGAGCUAGAGAUUGAAGCAAAUGAUGUGGAGAACAAUAACGGUAUAUCUAAGGAACUGCGGCACAAACCGAGGAAGACUCGGAGGAAAGUCAGAGAUGAGAGGCAGGAGAGCAGUGUUAAUGGACGAGAUGUUAGCCCUAAAGUGUUUAAGAGCAGCAAAAAUAAGUCAGGGUCUAAACCAGCUCGCCCAACAGACUUAACAGCGAUGUUGGAAACUUUAGAAUCCAGUAUGCCAUACCAUGAUCAAUACAUAGACAAUCCCUUCUCAUCACCAUCACCACUGACAUCACCGAAUGAUGACCGAUUAGAUCCCUUCGGUUCUCGAAGACCGGAGAAGAUAUAUCUGCAAGGUGGUGGGACUUUUAGAGCUGUGUCAAGAGACAGGAUUCUGGAGUCGCAGCAAUCUAGAGAUGGUGAUAAGUAUUUGAGACUAGGAGACCUAACACCAUUAGACGUGGCAUUAACCCUACAAAAGGCCUGGCGUUCCUCCGCCCCCGCGUGUCACGGCGUACUCGGCGGGUUAUCCCUCAUGCACCUACUUCUCAUCAGCUAUUCAGACGGACUGGACGCAGGCCACCUGUCCUUCCAUGCAGUGGUCACAAUGCCUUAUGUAGCUUCGUAUUAUUUCUUCUGUGUGCUGUGCUUGCUUUCGGUUUUGGAUCGAUUGGACGUAACCAGCCUAGAUCUAACAAAAGGUUUGCAGCCCUACUUUCAGCCAAUAGUACUAGUGAUGCUGUACACAGCUUGUCUGCUCGUCUGUACGGCUGCUAGAAUGUAUGACGAGCUGAUGGUCUACCAGUAUGCUCCGCUCGUCAGUAAUAUUACCAGUAAUGUUACUACGCCUACAAUACCAACAUUCUACCACACUUGGACACAUUUUUCAAUAUGGCGGGCAGUUCUAUCAAUACUUGGACUAGUUUACUUUAUCAUAUCAAAUCCUCAAGACUUGGUUUUCACGAAUUUGAGCAAGUUAUUACAAUUCAAGCAUUCUUUACAAAGCAUUGGAUGAUUCUUCAUAAUACCGUAGUUUUAAGGUUAUGUCACGGAGAAAGGAAAAUUAACGGAGAUGUCAUAAGGUAGGUCAGGCGCCUUCUUGUAGGUCAAGCAACGUGCGGUAAGCGUGGUCA